AUGAAUCUAGAGGCAAUUCUCUACUUUAAAGGUGGGGUGAAGCCCCUGCUGCAGGUCACCAGACAGGAAGAGGAGAUGGGUCAGAAAGAUGACGAGCUCAAGUCGGCGAAGGAGGUGGCGUUGAAGUCUGAGGCGGAGCUGAAAGACAUCUCGCAGAAACACACCCAGCUGAUGGAGGAGCGCACCCUGCUGGAGACGAAGCUCCAGGCGGAGACGGAGUUAUACGCCGAGGCGGAGGAGAUGAAGUUGCGGCUGGAGACCAAGAAGCAGGAGCUGGAGGAGGUGCUGCACGAGAUGGAGGCCCGGCUGGAGGAGGAGGAGGACCGCAGCCAUGCCCUGACGCAGGAGAGGAAGGAGACGGAGCAGCAGCUGCAGCUGAUGGAGGCCCACAUCGCGGAGCAGGAGGACUCCUGUCAGAAGCUGCAGCUGGAGAAAGCGUCUGUGGAGGGGAAAGUGAAGAAACUGGAGGAGGACGUUCUGGUGAUGGAGGACCAGAACAACAAGCUGCAGAAGGAGAGAAAGCUUCUGGAGGAGAGGAUGUCGGACAUGAACUCCAACCUGACCGAGGAGGAGGAGAAGUCCAAGAAUCUGACCAAACUCAAAACCAAGCAUGAGUCCAUGAUCUCAGACCUGGAAGUGCGUAUGAAGAAGGAGGAGAGGGGCCGUCAGGACGUGGAGAAGGCGAAGAGGAAGGUGGAGGCGGAGCUGGCCGACCUCCAGGAGCAGAACGCCGACCUGCAGAACCAACUGGCAGAGCUCCGAGCCCAGCUGGCUGCCAAGGAGGAGGAGCUGGAGGCCACGCAGGCCCGGCUGGAGGAGGAGUGUAAUCAGCGCGGCGCGGCGGUGAAGCGAGUCCGGGAGCUGGAGGCUCUUCUCUCAGAGCUGCAGGAGGACCUGGAGGCGGAGAGGGGGGCCCGGGGGAAGGUGGAGGCGGCCCGGAGGGAUCUGGGAGAGGAGCUGAACGCUCUCCGCACCGAGCUGGAGGACAGCCUGGACACCACCGCCGCACAGCAGGAGCUGCGGGCGAAGCGUGAGCAGGAAGUGGCCCUGCUGAAGAAAGCCACGGAGGACGAGGGCCGGGGCCACGAGGCUCAGGUCCAGGACCUCCGACAGAAACACAGCCAGGCUGUGGAGGAGCUCAACGAGCAGCUGGAGCAGGCCAAGAGGGUGAGAGCGGGUCUGGAGAAGGCGAAGCAGGCUCUGGAGAAGGAGCAGGCGGACCUCAGCGCUGACCUGCGCUCCCUCGGCAGCUCCAAGCAGGACGUGGAGCACAAGAAGAAGAAGGCGGAGGCGCAGCUCAACGACCUGAACGGACGCUUCAGCGAGAGCGAGCGGCAGAGGACCGAGCUGGGGGAGCGGGUCUCCAAGAUGACUAUGGAGCUGGACGGUGUGACCGGUCUGCUGAACGAUGCGGAGGGGAAGAACAUCAAGCUGAGCAAAGACGUCUCCAGUCUGUCCUCCCAGCUGCAGGACGCACAGGAGCUGCUGUCGGAGGAGACCCGUCAGAAGCUGAAUGUGUCGGGGCGUCUGCGUCAGAUGGAGGAGGACAGGAACAGCCUGAUGGAGCAGCUGGAGGAGGAGAUGGAGGGCAAGAGGGCUGUGGAGAGGCAGCUCUCCAGCCUCAGCAUGCAGCUGUCAGACUACAAGAAGAAGCUGGAGGAGGCUUCGGGGGCGGUGGAGAUGCUGGAGGAGGGGAAGAAGCGUCUGCAGCGCGACCUGGAGGCGGCCAGCAGCGAGUACGAGGAGAAGGCGGCGGCCUACGAUAAGCUGGAGAAGAGUCGCAGCCGCAUGCAGCAGGAGCUGGAGGACGUGCUGAUGGACCUGGACGGACAGCGGCAGGCCGUCUCCAACCUGGAGAAGAGGCAGAAGAAGUUUGACCAGAUGUUGGCAGAGGAGCGCGCCGUGUCUUGUAAAUUUGCUGAGGAGCGUGAUCGGGCGGAGGCGGAGGUGAGGGAGAAGGAGACGCGGUUGUUAUCUCUGGCCCGGGCGCUGGAGGACAGCCAGGACGCUCUGGAGGAGGCGGAGAAAACCACCAAGGGUCUGAAGGCUGAGAUGGAGGACCUCAUCAGCUCCAAGGACGACGUGGGAAAGAGCGUCCACGACCUGGAGAAGGCGAAGCGCGGCCUGGAGGCCAUGGCGGACGAGAUGAGGAUGCAGAUGGACGAGCUGGAGGACGAGCUGCAGGUCGCCGAGGACGCCAAGCUGCGUCUUGAGGUCAACAUCCAGGCUCUGAGGGCGCAGCAUGAGAGGGAGCUGCACGGCCGCGAUGAGCUGGGCGAGGAGAAGAGGAAGCAGCUCGUCAAACAGGUGCGAGAGCUGGAGUCGGAGCUGGAGGAGGAGAGGAAGCAGCGCGGCCAGGCCUCAGGCAGCAAGAAGAAGCUGGAGGGGGAGCUGAAGGACAUGGAGGACCAGCUGGAGGCCUCCAGCAGGGCUCGCGACGAGGCCGUCAAGCAGCUCCGCAAGAUCCAGGGCCAGGUGAAGGAUCUCCAGAGGGACCUGGAGGACUCUUGUGUGGCCCAGAAGGAGGUGCUGUCUUCAGCCAGAGAGUCUGAGCGCAGAACCAAGGCCAUGGAGGCCGACAUCGCCCACCUGCACGAGAUGUUGGCAGCUGCAGAGAGAGCUCGUAAACAGGCGGAGACAGAAAGAGACGAGCUGGCUGAUGAGCUCACCAGUAACUCCUCAGGAAAAUCAAUGCUGUCUGAUGAAAAUCGCCGCAUGGAUGCAAAGAUCAGCCAAAUGGAGGAGGAGCUGGAGGAAGAGCAGGCCAACGUGGAGAGCCUCAAUGACCGGCUGAGAAAGAGCCAGCAGCUGGUGGAUCAGCUGGGUGCGGAGCUGGCAGUGGAGCGCUCCACCUCUCAGAGCAAGGAGACGUCCCGGCAGCAGCUGGAGAGGCAGACCCGGGAGCUGAAGGCCAAGCUGCAGGAGGUGGAGGGCCAGGGCCGCUCCAAACUCAAGUCCUCCAUCACCGCCCUGGAGUUCAAACUGAGAGAGGCGGAGGAGCAGCUGGAGAUCGAGAGCAGAGAGCGUCAGUCCAACGCCAAGAAUCUGCGUCAGAAGGAGAAGAAACUGAAGGAUUUAACCAUCCAGAUGGAGGACGAGAGGAAGCAGGCGCAGCAGUACAAAGACCAGGCGGAGAAGGGCAACGUGAGAGUGAAGCAGCUGAAGCACCAGCUAGAGGAGGCGGAGGAGGAGGCUCAGCGCGUGGCCGCCGCUCGCAGGAAGCUGCAGAGGGAGCUGGAGGAGGCCAGCGAGGCCAACGACACGAUGAACAGAGACAUGGCUUCACUCAGGAGCAAACUGAGGCGUGGCAGCGGGGGGGAGGCGGUGUUCAGCAGCCCGAGCCCCCGCAGCAGCAGUGGAGGAGGCAUGAGGAGCCUGGGGCUGGGGGGGGGCCUCAGCCGGAGGAGCAUCAAGGAGAACUCGCUGGAUCUGCAGGAGGAGGAGCCUCCGUCCCGCUCCCCGUCCCCCCCACUGGACCCCCGCGAGGAGUCCUACUCCCCCGACGAGUAGAGGCCCAGGAAUAUUUCCACACUUUUAAUUUAAAUUAUUUAUAAAGUUGCCUUAUAUUAUAACGUGGAAGAGAUAUUUGAAUAUCACAAUGGAUUUAUGUUGACAUUCUAGAGGGACUUACACAAACAAGUUGGCAAAAAGUAUAAUAAUAAUAAUACAUAUUCACAACAAUAUAUAUUUUUUCUAUGGCAGAACCUGUGCCAGAAAUAUUUUACACAUUUAAUUUAAAUUAUUUAAAUAGUUUCCUUAUACUAUAACUUGAAGGAGUUUUAGAUAUUUUAUGACACAAUGGAAACAAAUUCAUUUCAAAGUAAAACAACAAAUAAUUUGGAGUUAGGAAAAACAUGAUUUAUGAAUGAAAAGUAACAAUUUGAACACGGUUGAAAGGACACAUCCAGGUCUGGUUUAGUUCAACAUUUUUAAAUGCGCACAAAAUGAUCUUCAAAUUUUUUUAUGUGAAUUUAAUAUUGAAAAUGUCUUU